CAGUCAUGGACCAAGCGUCGCUCGGAACAGUCGGAGGACGAGCGGCCCGAUUCCUUCCUCGAGAAAUUCACCAUGGCUGGCGGCGGCACCUCCGACCUGCAAUCUGAUGCGGACGCGACCACCUUCUGCUGCGGCAUCUCCUCCACCUUCUUCGUCGUCAACAAGGCCAAGCCCUUCCACUACCGGUGGUUGGGCGUGGUGACGGUGGCGGUCCUCUACAACGUCCUCGUCAUCGUCGGACGCACCGUGUUCUGGGAGCUGCAGAACCUGGCCCCCCGCGUCUGGUUCGCACUCGACUACAUAUGUGACACCAUCUACCUGAUGGACAUGGCCAUCAAGGCGCAUGAAAGUUACCUGGAGGAAGGACUCGUCGUCAGGGACGCUCGGAAACUUCACCGCAACUACAUACAUUCGGUCCACUUCGUGUUGGACAUCAUCUCCGUGCUGCCGACCGACCUGCUCUACCUGUACCUGGGCACAGAGUGUUACUAUUUCGUGCCCUGCCCGUGCAUCGUCCGCAUCAACCGCGUGCUGCGCUACCCGCGCAUGAGCGAGUACUUCGAUCGGACGGAGACCCGCACUGCCUUCCCCAAUGCCUUCCGCAUCAGCAAAGUGGUGCUGUACAUCCUGGUCCUGAUCCACUGGAACGCCUGCCUCUACUUUGCGCUGAGUUAUGCCAUCGGCUUUGGCACAGAUCAGUGGGUGUACCGCAACAUCACCCCGGGGCUGAACGGCACGCUCAUGCACCAGUACAUCUACAGCUUCUACUGGUCCACGCUGACACUGACCACCAUCGGCGAGACGCCGCAGCCGGUGGAGGACGUUGAGUACGUGUUCGUGACGCUCGACUUCCUCGCCGGUGUGCUCAUCUUUGCCACCAUCGUCGGCAACGUCGGCUCCAUGAUCACCAACAUGAACGCUUCGCGUGCCGAGUUCCAGAACCGCAUGGACAGCAUUAAACAGUACAUGGAGUUCCGCAAGGUGGGCAAAGACCUGGAGCGGCGCGUGAUUGAGUGGUUCGACUACCUCUGGUCCAACAAGCAGUCGCUGAACGAGGAGGACAUCCUGUCAACGCUGCCAGACAAGCUGAAGGCGGAGAUCGCCAUCCACGUGCACCUGGACGCACUGAAGCAAGUACGCCUGUUCCAAGACUGCGAGCCCGGCCUGCUGGUCGAGCUGGUGCUCAAGCUGAAGCUGCAGGUCUUCAGCCCGGGCGACUACAUCUGCCGCAAGGGCGACGUCGGCAAGGAGAUGUACAUCAUCAAGCGCGGCAGAGUGAUCGUGGUGUCAGACGACGGAAAGACGGUGUUUGCCACUCUGCUCGCUGGCAGUGUUUUUGGCGAGGUCAGCAUCAUGAACAUCGCCGGCAACAAGAUCGGCAACAGGCGCACAGCUAAUGUCAAGAGCGUGGGCUACUCGGAUCUGUUCUGUCUCUCCAAGGACGAUCUCUGGAACACCCUCAACGAUUACCCGGAGGCCUACAAGAGUCUGAUCGAGAAGGGUCGUCAGUUGCUGAUGAAGGACGGCCUGCUAGACGAGGACGCGCUCAAGGACGCAGAACAGCAGCAGCUCAGUCUCAAGGAACAGGUCGAGAAGCUUGAUGAUUUGCUGGAUAAGCUUCAGACGCGGUUUGCUCGACUGCUAGGAGAAUACGCGUCGUCUCAAAGGAAGAUGAAGCAGAGGGUAACCAUCUUGGAGAAGAAGGUGCUGGACAAGGACGGCUCGGACGAGUUUCCCAGCCGGGUGCACAGCUCGAUCAGCGCCGGCCAGCUGCUGACCGCGUUCGGACCGGGCUCGGACGCCGGCUCGCGGCGACCGUCGUUCGCGUCUCAGUGCUCUCUGGCGGUGCCGUCGCCGGUGUUCAGCUCGUCCUCGGAGUCGGAGGUGACGCGGGCACCCUCGCUGCGGCCCGGCAGCCGCCAGGGCACCCUCUGACAACAGCGCACGCGGCUGUGGGUGCGCACCAGUCGGCAGCUGAUGACCAGCUGGCGCGCGGCGAGCAGCCACAAAGACAACGCCAGCGCCGACUGGCGGUGGGGCGCCCACAGCUGCAGUUCUG